GAGACCUUUAAUUUUAAGUAGAAAAAAUAACUUAAUAUUUACUAGGCUGACAUAUAAGGUAAUAAUAAUUAAAAGGUAUAAUAACUAAAAUAGAAAUUUGCAAUUUUUAGGGAUUGUUUCCAUUAAUAUAAGUAGUAACUCUGCCAAAUUUCAAAUCAUUUCAUCAAUUAUAGUUAAGUUAUAAUGAGUUAUACAGAAAAAUGUAACCAGUCGAACAAAUUGCAUGUGCAAUUUUCCACUUGAAACUUUUGAAAGUUUGGGGCACAUGUUAACGUUAAAAAUAAGCGCUCAAAUUUUGCAGACCAUAUGACUUGAAAAGUCAUUGAAACAAGGACCACCCUAAUCGUUCAAUAAUAUUUAAACGCAUAAAAAUCCGCAGUGUACACGUUAAAAAUUCCUUAGCUACACGAGAAUUAUGGCCACCUGUGGGGCCCAAGUUCUUCAGGGGCACGUCGCUGCGAACUUGAAAGACCCAAUGGAAGAAAGAGGGGGGCCAGAGCCAAGAGGGGGUCCGGCGGAGACUCGGAACCUCGGAAGGCAUGUCUGUCAGAAGUCAGCGUUUAGAAAAGGCUCCCUGGCAAGGCAAGCGUCGAACAUACCGAUGGUAUUGCGGUAUAGUGAUCGCGGAGUCGAGUGAUGCGUUCGCGGGAGACGAUUGCUGAGGUGACAAACCGUGCCGUUCGCGGAUUAUUCGGUUUCGGGUUCGACUGACACAGCCUGACAGAAAAGAGUCUGCCAUCGGGAGAAGAGAGACGACGAAAGAAGAAGGCAGUAGGCAGUAUUCGGCGGAAUGGAGGAGCAGCAUCACCUUGACUCGACGAGGCUCGGUUGAAAGCUCAUCCUGAACACCGCCGGUAUCGCAAACCAUGGGUUCAGAAGCGUGGGAGCUGGAACGACGUUACUCGGUACCGGGAGCACUGGACACCAGAGGAUUGGAGCCGCCGGCCAGUGAAGACUUGCACGCAUGGUCUAUUUACAGGCAAAACUUGAACUCCGACUUCACCGAUUCAGCGCUAGGGUCAGCCGAGAAAUCGCCUCUUCCGUAUGGAAACUUCCAGCUCCGGGACUCGACGGUGCAAAGUAUUUUGAGACAUCCUAGGUACGGACCGAAGAGUCCACUGGCCAGCAAUUCCUAUACCUACUUGAAGUUUGGUCUGCCUCGAGUUCUGCCUCCUAGCGCGCGUAAUCGCGAUGGCUCCAGCGGCUACGACUCCAGCGAGGAAGGUCGCAGAGUGUCCCACGCCGGCACCUCCGCCCACGGCACUUCGGCGAUGCGCUCCGCCAGAAGCGACCCCGACUUUAGGCACGUCCACGCUGCGCCCAGGGAACACGCUCACUCCCAGUUAACAGUUUCCAGGGACAAUCCACGUUUCAAAAGCGUCAGCGAGGCCAAUCUCCUGCAGGGCGGCGUCAGAACGAACCGCAGGCACAGCAUAGCGCCAAUCGAUCCUGGAUACGGGGUUCACGAACCUAGAGUGCAUGGAAUCCUGGGCCCGGAAGUUUACGCUCUACCACUGAGACCCGUGCCGUGUCUUCAGCAUCCUCACUUGCAGCUACGCGGAGUAGAAGCGUCUGGAUCCGAUGGAUUGCCCCUUCUUCGAGGAAUCACUCUAGAAGCUGGAGCUACCGAGGUUCUUGCUAUCAUGGCAACUACGGAAAAGGAAGGGAAGCAUAUCGUGGAAACGAUUGCAGGCAGAAAACGUAUCAAGCGAGGAGACAUUUUACUCAACGGAAGAUCUGUGUCCUCGCGUUCCUUGAGAUCCCGCGUUGCUUAUUUGUCAACGGAAAGUGGACUGAGUCCUGGCCUGACUGCAGAGCAAACCCUCAGUUUCUAUAUGCUGUUGCGAAGUGGUCCAAACACUUCCAAACUAGAAGCUGACGCCAUUCUGCAGGAACUCGGCCUGGAGGCUACUAAGCACUGUUUAGUGAAUACGUUGACCACUUCCGAGGCCAGAAGACUAGCUUUGGCCUGCCGUCUGUUACAAGACUCCCAUAUUCUCGCGUUGGACAGGCCUACGCAUGGUCUGGACAUCUUCGAUGCUUUCUUCUUGGUGGAAUACCUGAGGCAGUGGGCUGGAAGAGGUCAGAGGCUCGUCGUUCUAACGCUGCAUCCCCCAACCUAUGAAAUCCUGACGAUGGUUUCGAGGGUUGCGCUCACUUCCGGCGGCAGGAUCAUGUACUCUGGUCCCAGGAGGGACAUGUUGCCAUAUUUUGCGCUCGCAGAGUUCCCUUGUCCUCCUUUCAAGAAUCCUUCUGAUUAUUAUCUUGAUCUGGUGACCCUGGAUGACCUGUCGGCAGAAGCAAUGCUAGAGUCUUCGCAGAGGAUAGAUCACCUAGCCGAAUUAGCGAGGACGAGGCUACCGCCUAUAUGCGAUCCUGGACCACCCGGUGUACUUCCGCCAACAAUCUCUAGCCCAAAUAUAUUCGUACAAAUUUACGCGUUGCUCCUGAGAACGCUGAUUUACAGCCAACUAUGGACAUUAACGAGGCUUCUUCGAAAGAUCGUUGUCUCGGCAUCGCUCAGUAUUUUACUCGGUGCAAUAUUUUGGGACGUUGCUGGGGAUUCUAAUUUAUAUCUGAGGGAUAGAGUGGGCUUUCAUUAUACCAGUUUGGGUAUCUUUUUUUGGCCCUUGUGCAUGAUAGCGAUUUGCGAUGUGGCCGACUGCAGGCCAAACGUGGAGAGAGAUAUCAAAGACGGCUUGUAUGGGCGAUUCGUUUACAUUUUAAUGGAGUUGAUUUGCGGAGUAUUAUCUUGGUGCAUAGUUUACUUAAUUUAUCUAGCCCCAAGUUACGCAAUGUCAGGAUUACACCUAGUUCCAGAUGAGACUCUGACAUCCCUUUGGAACUACCUUGCUAUCGGCUUGCUGUACUUGAUACUUCAGCACUUAAUUUGUAUACUUUUUGCUCAUACUUGUAAGUGGACGUACUUGGCAUCCUUGUUCUCUGGAAUUGUGAUCGGGGAGAUGACAUUGGCUGGAGGUGUAACCCUGCAUUUGGAAAAUCUGCCAGGCUGGUAUCAGAAGAUCAGUCCGAUGCAAUGGUCUCUGUCUUUGUUGCUGCCCCAGCUUCAUCGAUCAGAUGUUACAAGCAAAUUAACCAAUUGCAAGCCAAAACAAAUUCAGAGGCAGGACAUUAUUGUUCAAGCUGCCUGCGAGCCACCCGAUGGUGCUCUGGCAUUGUACGAAAUUGCCCUAGACAAAUUCAAUGUACGAGGAGAAUUGUGGUUGGGAAUAGGAAUAGCCAUUGUCAGUGUAUUGAUCGUACUAGUAUUCUUGUGUAUUAGAUAUACCACCCCUAAAAAACUCAGAAGCGCGCCAAACAAGCCAUAAUGUGCAACAAUGUGGUGAACAAAGACACA